UGGUGUAAGAAGUGAAGUGGGAGGGACUCUAGGCCGGAGGUUUUGUUGUGAGGGUCGGUUGUCAAGCAGCGGCCAAUCAGGGCAGAGGAUGGAGGCAUGUGGGGGUCGCGCCUGGAGGGAAGCCUUGGCCUCCAGAGCUACAGCUGCAGCCCGGUGUUGAGCUGACAUGGCCCAAGCCUGACAUUCCAUGAUCUGGGAUCCUGACCUAUGUGUACAGGCUGCAGCUUGGUAGCGGACGAUCUAAACCACCAGGCAGUCCUGGCCUAGGAGAGGAGGACUCUCUGCCUGGAUGUGUGGGAACUCCCUGCCAACUUGAUUGUCGGAUCUGGGGGGGAUCCACCCCCACCCCACAGAGAAAGCACAACUCGUUUUGUGGGUGAGGUCUCAGGUGCCACCCCCUGAAGCAUGGCCACCCCUGUGGUCACCAAGACUGCCUGGAAGUUGCAAGAGAUCGUUGCCCAUGCCAGCAAUGUGUCCUCCUUGGUGCUGGGCAAGGCCUCGGGGAGGCUACUGGCUACUGGUGGGGAUGACUGCCGUGUCAAUCUGUGGUCCAUCAACAAGCCUAACUGUAUCAUGAGCCUGACAGGUCACACGUCCCCUGUGGAGAGUGUCCGCCUCAACACCCCUGAGGAGCUCAUCGUAGCCGGUUCCCAGUCCGGCUCCAUCCGUGUCUGGGACCUGGAAGCUGCCAAAAUUCUUCGCACACUCAUGGGGCACAAAGCCAACAUCUGCAGCCUGGAUUUCCACCCCUAUGGCGAGUUUGUGGCCUCAGGUUCCCAGGACACAAACAUCAAGCUCUGGGACAUCAGGAGGAAAGGCUGUGUCUUCCGAUAUAGGGGGCACAGCCAGGCUGUGCGGUGCCUCCGGUUCAGCCCUGAUGGGAAGUGGCUGGCAUCAGCAGCAGAUGACCACACAGUGAAGCUAUGGGAUCUGACAGCUGGCAAGAUGAUGUCCGAGUUCCCUGGUCACACAGGGCCUGUCAACGUGGUGGAGUUUCACCCCAAUGAGUAUCUCUUAGCUUCUGGCAGCUCUGACAGGACAAUCCGCUUCUGGGACCUGGAGAAGUUCCAGGUGGUGAGCUGCAUUGAAGGGGAGCCAGGGCCUGUCAGGAGUGUCCUCUUCAACCCCGAUGGCUGCUGCUUAUACAGCGGCUGCCAGGACUCAUUGCGUGUCUACGGCUGGGAGCCUGAGCGCUGCUUUGAUGUGGUCCUCGUCAACUGGGGCAAAGUGGCUGACCUGGCCAUUUGCAAUGACCAGCUGAUAGGUGUGGCCUUCUCCCAGAGUAAUGUCUCCUCCUAUGUGGUGGACCUGACGAGAGUCACCAGGACAGGAACUGUGACCCAGGACCCUGUGCAGGCUAGCCAGCCUCUGACACAACAGACCCCCAACCCUGGUGUCUCCCUCCGCCGCAUCUACGAGCGGCCCAGCACAACCUGCAGCAAGCCUCAGAGGGUAAAGCACAGCUCAGAGAGUGAGCGGCGCAGCCCCAGCAGUGAAGAUGACAGGGAUGAGCGUGAGUCCCGGGCCGAGAUCCAGAACGCCGAGGAUUACAAUGAAAUCUUCCAGCCCAAGAACAGCAUCAGUCGGACACCGCCCCGGAGAACUGAGCCCUUUCCGGCACCUCCAGAAGACGACACAGCCACAGCAAAGGAGGCCUCAAAACCCAGCCCAGCCAUGGAUGUGCAGUUGCCAGUGCCAAAUCUCGAGGUCCCAGCACGACCUCCAGUCAUGACUUCCACUCCUGCACCCAAGGGUGAGCCUGUCGUCAUCCCUGCCACACGGAAUGAGCCCAUUGGCCUAAAGGCCUCUGACUUCCUGCCCGCCGUGAAGCUCCCCCAGCAGGCAGAGCUGGUGGACGAGGAUGCCAUGUCACAGAUACGCAAAGGCCAUGACACCAUGUGUGUAGUACUCACCAGCCGCCACAAGAACCUGGACACUGUACGAGCCGUGUGGACUACAGGAGAUAUCAAGACAUCAGUGGACUCUGCAGUGGCCAUCAAUGACCUGUCUGUGGUGGUGGACCUCCUGAACAUUGUCAACCAGAAAGCCUCCCUGUGGAAGCUGGACCUGUGCACCACAGUGCUGCCGCAGAUAGAGAAACUUCUGCAGAGCAAGUAUGAGAGCUAUGUCCAGACCGGGUGCACCUCCCUGAAGCUGAUCCUGCAGCGGUUCCUGCCCCUUAUCACUGACAUUUUGGCAGCCCCACCCUCUGUGGGUGUGGACAUCAGCCGAGAGGAGAGGCUGCACAAGUGUCGACUCUGCUUCAAACAACUCAAGAGCAUCAGUGGCCUCGUCAAGAGCAAGUCGGGUUUGAGUGGCCGCCAUGGCAGUGCCUUCCGUGAGCUGCACCUACUCAUGGCCAGUUUGGACUGAGGAGUUUGUGAGCAGCUCGCUGGCUUGGCCUCACACUCUGGUUUGUUGUCUGCUCAUGGCCCACGAGCCUCAGCCUGGCCUCCACUCUUGCCCUCAUGGCUAUCCUGGAGGCACCGUUGCCAACCCACUGACCACCUUCACAGUUGUGGACUCAACUUCCUGUCUGGCAGCAGCUGCAGUCUUGCACAGCCCUUGCUUCUCAGGGCAACUCCAGUCUUGGAGCUGCUGCUGUAACUUAUCAGGCAGAUUUAUUAAAUUUAUAACUGUUCCUGACUUCCUUAUGCGAGGGCUAUCCUCUGGCUCUCAGACGUGCUGUGAGGCUGAGACUGUCCUACUCCAAGCCCUAGUGCAGUUUCCGGCUGUGGCCAGCAGGGGACAACAGAGUGCCAGGCACGAAGCAAAGGGUUACCUACCGGGUCAGCUUCACUCUGAGGAAGAGGAAGUGGAAGCCGAACAGGUGAGGCCACAGGUGUCUUAGCCACACGCCUAAUUGUCCUUGGGUCUAGCUACCACUAGGUUGGCUAAGAGCCUGUCAUUGCCUUCCUUUUGACCUCUGGAUGCCUUGAAAGGCUAGAUGGU